UUGAAGCCAUUUUCGCAAACCCUUUCAGAGCCUCGCGUUGGCGAAUAUAUUGUUCGCGUAUCCGACGGCUACGACAAGAUUCCCAAAUAUGUUACAGCGUCUUAUGUUGUUGGGUCUAUUCUACUUUUGACGAUUGCGUUGUGUGUAGUGGCAGGGUCUGUUGACUACUACAACACCAAUGUGAGUAAACAAAAGAUCGAAGGUACAGCUUACGCAAUAUUGAUGUCGUUCUCAUUCUAUAGCAACUGCAAAGCAGUAAUAACCAUGCAACCAGCAAAGGUAAAGAAAAAAACGGGUUUACCCAUAACCAUACCACUUAAAUCUACUAACACUAACCUCGCAAACUAA